UUCAGUGUGGCAGCGAUGAAACACUGUGGGCUAUUGCAAACAUAAACCUUAGCAACAUUGUUCUUCGAUAUUGUCUAAAAUGGCCAUUUCAAGCACAGAGCCUGGUGGUUAUCGUCUGUGAAUUAACGUUAACUCGAACAUUUGUGAACCGUUAACACGUUGUAACGUUGUUCAUAUCACCAUCAACUGUGCUCCUCUAAUAGCCUUGUCGCUAUUGUUAAUUCCGUGUAUUUUAAUUAAAUGAAGGUAGGAUACGUGGCAUUUGUAGCUUAGGCUACUGACGUUAGUUCAGUCAUAUUCAAUGGCGAAAUUAUAUGCCAUCUGUAGGUUAUCUACGUUUUAAUGUGUAUAGUAAAUCUGUAAAACAUCUUCCCCUAUUCUAGAAUAGCAAACUUGCACGACGUUCUCGUACAAUAAGUGUGAAUAGGCGACGAUGUCACUGGGACAACAAUCUGAGAUUUGGUUUCCAACCCAAGUACAAGUCACAGUCGUUAGAGCAGCAGAUUUGCAACCAAAAGGCAAAAACAGGACUAACGACGUUUACACCAUCAUCCAGUUAGGAAAAGAGAAAUACUCAACUUCAGUGGCAGAAAAAACUUUGCACCCUGUUUGGAGAGAGGAGGCUUCAUUUGAGCUACCAGGACUACUUAUUGAGGACACGACAGAGUUUCAGUUAUGCUUGCUGGUUAUGCACAGGUCUCUGGUUGGCUUGGAUAAAUUUUUGGGACAGAAGACCAUCAACCUCAGUGAGUUUUGUGACAACAAGGAGAAAAGCAAAACUGUCUGGUAUACACUGGAUUCCAAACCUGGGAAGAAGUGUAAAGAAAGAGGCAGGAUCCAGGUGAGCAUCCAGUUCACGCGCAACAACAAGACCAGCAGUAUGUUUGAACUCUCUGUGCAGUCCAAGCCUCGCUCACCCUUCUUCAAGCUCAAGGAUAAAAUGAAAGGCUGCAUACAGCAUAGUGGAAACUUUUCCAAUUCAUCAUCAAUUGUUUUGCCAUCUUCUGGACCUUGUAGCUCAAAAGCCAAGCCGCAGCAAGUCUCAGAGUAUCCUAUUCAACUCCAGUCUGAACCUAAGCGUGUACAGUCAUUACUAAUCAGUAAACACAAACUUUCAGCUGCCCAAUCCCUGUCAGAUCUCAUUGGCUCCAACUUCUGCUCUAAAAUGGAUUCUGAGAGUGGAAAUGCUUCAUCUCACUGGCACUUCCAAAAUCAAGCAGAUGGUUCUUCAGAAACAUUGAGAAGCGAUUCUGUCUACAGUAAUAGGGAAUGUAUGCCUCAGAAGUAUGCUACACUUCCACGAAAUCAUAACCCAUUUGAAGUAGAGCAGAAUGGGAUCUGGGAGACCAGGGAGCAGAGAAAAGAAAAUGUUGAAGUCCUGAAGCAAAAGGCCCGGAAGAAGGUGGGGAAGAAUAUGAAUGAUUAUGGCCGCUCAGGCAGCUCUGGAAACUUGCAAUCAGCCAAUCCUUUCAGCACGGAAUCUCUUAGGGACUACAACCCUUUCAAGUCAUGCUACAGAGACAAUGAUAACAUGAAAAUACCUGUCAGCAGUGCUGACCUCAGUGCCAAGCAGAGGACCUCGCCAGAAAAGACAGGUACUAAGCAGAAAAAAGAAUCAGGUCAAUGCCCAGCCUCAGCUGCAUCUUACAGCAACCUGUCAUUUGAUGAAGUUGUGCAGGAACUUCUGAAGCAGAGAGAAAUUGUGAAAAAGAAGGAUGCACAUAUUCGUGAGCUUGAGGACUACAUUGAUAACUUGUUGGUUAGGGUCAUGGAGGAGACACCUAGCAUCCUUAGAACACCAUAUGAACCGAAGAAAAAAGCUGAGAGGAUCUACAAAUGAGGCAAAGAAGAUCAGAGAGAAAUAGGCUACAAUAGUAUUUCAUUUACAUCGACAGUCAGCCUUAUAUUGUAUGCACGGUUUUUAACAAACAUUCAAACCCCUGUGUACCAAAGACAAUUGUCUAUCUGCCACUGAAGGCUCUCAGCCAGCACAUAUAUGCGGUGGAGUGUGUUCUGUGUUGUAGUGGCUAUUUUUUAACCUAUUGCCUCUUUUAGACAAGCAUGAAGACAUCUAUUUUCCCUGUGAACAAAACACCUUUGGUGUAGACCUGUUUACACAGAUACGGUUGAGUGUUGCACCUAGUGAAUGAGAAUUUUAAGAUGCUGAAGGAUUUACAGUAUGUGUGUGGCAAAGUUGAAUAAAGAGUUGGCUGUUGGGCAUAAACAAGUUACUCUGUGUCUGAGUGAACACCAAAAGGAGCAGAAUAUAACAAAAGAUGCUUUUACAACACAGCUGCCAUUCCACCGGCAAAUAUAUUAUGUGCUGGCUGACAGCCUUCCAAACCAGGACAACAGGCUGAAAACAUAUCCUGAUAUAUUUCAUAGCAUUCAUCUCAAAACAGAUCUAAUGGCCUAUGUUAAGCAAUUUCUUCCACAAUAUAGUAGUUAACCAUUCAACUGUAAUAUUAACUAAGUACUUAUUAUUAUUCCUGUGUAAUUCAGCUGCAAAUAUAGACAUUGCUGAGUGUUCAUCAGUGUAGGUGAGGCCAUGUGCAAUACCUUUACAAGGAUUUAGAGUAUCUUAUGUCUUUGGUUUAGCCCCCUGAAUCUCAUUUUCACUUGUCAAUCUUUGCAUUUUUGGACUGGCUUCUAUCCCUCUCAACUGUAGGAUUAUUGCUACUUGACAGAUAAAGCUAGGCCUGUGAAACCCACAUAUAGAAUUUCAUCCUUUCCAGGCCUCCACUCAUCUAUUUGAAAGGUCUGUCUAGGUAUGGCUUGCGAAAUAUACUGAACACAUGGCUUAUUUAUUUCUAUUUGAAAUAUGUACACUUUUGUGCCAAAGUUAUGAUGUAUGAUGUAUGUAAGUGUGUACAGACAUUGGAAAAUAAAAAAAGGCAAACGAAUAGUA